AUAAAAUUGCAAGUCAAACAAUGGAUGAAUGGAAAAGUCGGCUUGUGAUCAAAAGCAUGCUUCCUCAUUUCAGCAUGGUGGGAAAUCGUCAGGAGCCCAGAAAGCUCCAGGAAUCGGGACCCACUAAGAGGAGACAGGAAGGAGACAGCUUUCAGUUUCCAGGCAUGGCCGACGGGGAUUACCCAAAUAAAGUUAAGAGGCCCUGCCUUGAAGAUGUCACCUUUGCUAUGGGCCAAGGUGUCCAUCCCAGUACCCCGUGCGCAGAGCUGCAGGUUCCUCCAAUGACAAUGAAUCCUACCCCUGCAGCUAUGGGAGUACCUGGCCAGCCUGUACCCAGCCAGCCGUUGGUCUUGGAGAGCAACCCCAUGAAUGGUAGCAUGAUGGGUCCACCAUAUGUGGCACCACCAACCCCAGACGUGGGGCUGAAAGCACCCACUGCUCCUUACUAUGACAAAGUUAACAGCGUGCCAGCUGUAGACCAGGAACUUCAAGAACUGCUGGAGGAGCUGACCAAAAUUCAAGAACCUUCUCCGAGUGAAAUCGAUCUUGAGAAAAUACUGGGCAGCAAGCCAGAGGAGCCAGUGGUCUUAGAUCACCCCCAGGCAACCCUAGGCACAACUCCCAAACCUCCGGUUCAGAUGCCACACGUGGAGAGCCCGACUUCCAGCAAGGAGUUUGCUGCUAGUUGCAGUCAAGUCCCUGGUGUGCCACUUCAGAUGCCGCCCUCCUCCACAGGGAUCAGCUAUCCCAUUCCUUCCACCAGUAAGCAGAUGGUCUCGCCCAGUUCCUCGACAGCGCAGGCCAAGAACCAGGCCCAGGCCAUGCACCCCGUGGCGGUGCCCCCUUUACCGGUGCCCCAGUGGCAUCAUGCCCACCAGCUGAAGGCGUUGGCAGCCAGCAAGCAGGGCUCUGCUACAAAGCAGCCAGUGCCCCCUCCUAGUUGGUCUGGUAUGCCUCCUCCAGGCCUCUCUCCAGGACUGUCUCCACCGUACCGCCCGGUGCCGUCGCCACACCCGGGCAACACCAAGCCCUUGUCCCAUUUCGUCUCGGAGCCGAGCCCCCCGAAGAUACCCUCCGUGCCUGCCACCUCCAGGCAGCCUUCCCUGCUGCACUACCUGCAGCAGCCGACACCCUCGCCGGCCUCUUCAGCCACUGCCUCAUCCACGGCCACCGCCACCCUGCAGCUGCAGCAGCAGCCUGACCAUGCGCUCCUUCUGCAGCAGGUGAUGCAGCAACCCCAGCGCUUUCAUCGGUCGGUGGCCCCGGACUCCAUGGCUGCUGUGCCCAGACAGCAAGAGAAGCAGAGAUCAGGUCUUAUGGCAAUGACCCCUGAAAAGCAGAGUGCGUGUAUCGCCCAACAGAUGAGUCAAUUUCAAGCCGUCCAAGAACAAUUCACCUCCAAGUCUAGCCAAACCAAGGCAAGCCCCUCGUCCUGCCAAUAUAUGAUGCCACCCAGAACUGGACUCUUCCAAAACCAUCCGAGUCCAGGAAUGAUCCCACCCACCGGGCGCCAGAGUCUUGAAGGCAUGGACAUGAUCUCCCCAACUCCAGGGAAGCAACAAGGAAUUUUUGACUCUGGCCCCCGGUUUCCCCCACCCUCGAGCUUGGGCCAGAACCCCCUGAGCAGUCCUGACUCUGUCUGCCAGCGGCCGCAGAGUCCCAAGACCACUAGCCCAGGAUUGCCCCUGCCUGGGUUCUGUCCCGGCCCCCUGGGCAGCCCGUCCCUGAGUCCCCACCAGCCCAGUCAGCCCAGUGUGCCAACAGUAUCCACUGUAUUCAAUAGUGCCGCCUGGUUCUCAGCGACAGCUGCUGAAACCGCAGCAGUUUCAAGAGAACCACUCCCAAGCCAAGUAGAUACUAGCCUUCAGCCACAUCUCGAUAGCAACUCCAUCUUUGCCAAGGUGUCUGUGAAAGUGCCCCCGCUAACCCCAGCGUCGCAGCAGGCAGCUGUCGCUGCCCUGGCCAACCCCAGCUUCAGCCUGCUGGGCAACCCAAGCCUCAGACAGAGUCCGGUGCGGGGCCCCGUGCCUGGACCAAACCCCACCAAGUCCCUCCAGCAGGGUGUGGCCAGCUUCAAUCCCAUGAGUCCUGUACAGGGCUUCGAGCCACCAAGCUACGUGGCUGCUGCCGCCGCUGCUACUGCCUCUGUCAUUGCCGCCAGCCAGCUUUCAGGUCCGUUCAACCGGACAGGCACCCCCCUUGAGCCGCCACCCGACAGCUUUUUGCCCCAGCCCCCACUAAACGGUCUGAUUUCACCACCUGACUGUGGUGAGGUGGAUUUCAUUGAAGCUCUCUUGAAAGGCUCCAGCGUGGGCCCAGAUGAAGACUGGGUGUGCAACUUGAGGCUGAUCGAUGACAUUUUGGGACAGCAUGCCGCUGCCCAAAAUGCCACAGCCCAGAAUGCUAGCCAACUCGUGCAAGAUGUAGAGGCGGUUGAAAUCUGAGCAGUAUGUCUAUAGAGAGUCCCAUGUUGACGUCACUCUAGGGAGUGGUGAGAAUCCACGGCCAAUUCCCACCUGUCUCCAGACAGUGGCACUUGUCUCCUUGUCGUGAUGUGAGUAGUGUCAGCCUAGGCCCAUUCCUCUCUCGCUACCUGUGACUAAAUGGAAAGCUGGUGAUUUUUCAAGCUACUUGUACAUAUUUGAAAAUUUUGUAAAUGUUUUUCCUAAACAUUGAUGACAGAAGUAUUUAUACUUCGUUUUGUGACUUUGUAAAUAAAGUGGCGGCUUUUGUUUCGGUAGAGUUGUGUUUAUUAUGCAUUGUUUUGUGUUUAUUAUACAUUGUUACAAAUACGCAGACUGUGUUGUUCGCUCCAGUGAUACCUUGUUAAGCUAGGUGGCUGAGUCGCUUCUGGUUUUGACAUAAUGAGCAAUGUGGAUGUGACCAAGAGGUGUUGUGAAACUGACAAAUGCCAAAUUUAAAAACACUUGGCCAUUUAUUUCCAUUUUCACUAAAAUUUCUAUCGCCUUGUGUGAUUCUGAAUCUCUUUUGCAAGCUUUCCGUCUCUGCUAGCUCUUUCCUAACGAGCAUUUACAACAGAAGCUGCUUGAUUGUCAAGUGCCCCCAGAGAUACUUUGCCAGUAGACUGAGAGGGUCUCUAGAUUUCGGAGCAGUGCACAAGUAGGUGUCAGCUGAGCACUGUCUGAGUAGUCCACCCUGAGGAACGACAGUGUCUUCCUCCCAUCAUCAUUCAGACAGAGAAAGCCCCAACUCGUGUGCACCCUCUCAGGGCUUGAAGCCUUUCAGGAUUUGUUUUGACGUAAGGUUCUGUGGUUUGGGGGGGGCAAACGUCUGUAAACAUUAAUAGUUGAUUUGGGGUUUGUCUUUGAUGGUUUCUAUCUGCAAUUAUCGUCAUGUAUAUUUAAGUGUCUGUUAUAGAGAAUCCACACCCACUGUCCUGUAAACUUUUCUCAGUGUUCAGACUUUGUGUAAUCCCGUUUUAAUUGACACCUCGUAUUUCGCCUCUAUAUUUGAAAUUUGUUUCGAGCCAGUGUGUUUUUUCUUCGUUCCAUAAUAAACAGCCAGGAGAAAAGUG